UGGAUCAAAACUGUCAGGGAAGGACGGACACAUUGGGUGGGAUUUGAUCCCCGAACCUCUACUCCUUCAAAUCUGUUCUUUCCUGGGGUCUGCAGACACACUACGGGUGUGCGCAGUGUGUUUUCGCUGGAGAAACGUAGCCGCCACAACAGCCGGUCUCUGGACGACAUUUGACUUCACCCAUGACAUAUUUGGCACGGCGAAGUAUGAUAGUUAUUUCGAGGCGUGCAUGAAAAUGUACGGCAACCAUGUCAAGACAGUGAGAAUGAACACAGCUCCAGCGGUGGCGGUGAAACUGUUACAGCUGUGCGUUAAGAACUGUCCUGCGAUGGAAGAAGUUUGCAUCGCCUACGAUGUUUCUUUAAGAAGACGGUAUGACUAUAUGGCAGCUGUUGUCCACAAGUUGUUUCGCACAAUUGCAAGAGUCAGCACCUUGCGAAAGGUGCGCAUGCCUGGCCUGGCGGAGUGGGUAGAGACAUACCCGAACGCCCAAUCAGCGCCGCGGAGAGAAAGUUUUGAACUUCAAUGUGCAAACAUCACAGCUAUUGAUCUGCGACGUUUCACCCACAAGCGGGUGCCCCUGCGGUUCUCCGGCUGCCCAAACCUGAGACGGCUCGCUGUCAGCUAUCACAACAUGGACGAGGAAGGACUGAGGGACUUGUACAAAUGUUCACUGGAGAAGAUAUCAGUGGAGGUUGAUAUCAUCGAUGAACUGAUGGCCACUGCCUGGAGAUAUCUCACGCAUGCGCACCACGGGUUGCACUGGCACAUGAUGUUCCCGCGCGACGCAGGCGCCUUCUGGUUCCCGGAUGUAGCGGUGACGUCAGUGACGUGUGAGGGCGGGAUUGGGAUGAUGCAUGUUCUGUUCAUGGUCAACAGGAAACGGAUUCCACUGGAGAAGCUGGUUUGCCCUGGUAGUGGCAGGAAGGACCCCAAGCUGGAGGGACUACAGAGGAACAUGCUGCGUGUUCUGUGUGCGGUCCGUCCGUGUGUACGCAUGCGCUGUCUGCUGUAUGGUGAUGACAUCCUAGUGUCCACCUUACUGGCGAUAGCAGCGAUGUACCGAGACUUGGAGAAGCUCUAUAUACGAAGAGGUGCAGUUGUAUUCAGAUAUGACCCAGAGAUCACUCAAGUCCCGGGGUUUCCAGCAGACAUCGCAAACAUGAUCCACUCAACGGCAAUCACGUCUAUGGACGAGCUGGAGCACGAAGUGAGCUGCAUCAUGGGAAGGCGUUGGAGAACGAUUCCCGAUGGAUGCUGGGAAGAAACAGUGCGAGUAGUUGGAGACCCCCUGUGA